AUGGGACAUCGCUGUUUGCUUGCCUUUGUUAAAUACGAAGCACGACCUGAGCGAAAUCAAGUUGAAAACAAGAUCGCGUACAAGAAAGCGCGCUUCGUAGCGCAAACAUAUAUCCUUACUCGUUGGCUAACUAAAGAGGCUACGACGAGUGAUGAAUGGCACCGGGUCUUACAGUCCACUGAAGCACUAUCCAUUCAAAGUGGGAGUGGAACAUCUCUUGUGCCGGCGAAGGACAAAUUUUCUGCAGAUGGCGCUGAGCGUGUUGACACACUUCGAAUUACGCCAUCGUGCAAAAUGACUUGA